AGAUUUAUAGAAAAAAUAUAAUAUUACGAAAUGUCAAAUGAUAAAAAUUUAAGGGUGAAAACCGGUCGUCGUCGCUUUCCAUCUGACAUAUCUCACGCCGAUUUGAAUCCAGAAAUUCAAUCGCAAUCAACUCCACCCCAAACAUCUACCUUCCCCACAAAGAUGUCGUCAGGUUGUGCUCUGUUGUGCGAAAUCAUAUUUGCACUUCUUCUUCCUCCUCUCGGAGUUUGUCUCCGAUACGGUUGCUGCACCGCGGAGUUCUUUUCAAUCCAGAUCGUGACGAUUACCGCGACCGCUACUAUACACUUGCUUAACAAUGAUUCUUGGGGAUAUUUACAAAAACCUAUUUGAUGCUUACAUCAACACAUAUGAAAAGAUCAUCAUCAACAAAUUGUUGUCUUCAUUUGCUUGCGAUUUGAGUUCUGCGAUCUUUAAGUAGUAUGGUUAAUAAGGUUAUUGGGACUUGUUUCAUGAAGACACCUGUGUAUUUAUGUAUGAAUGUGUUAUUGAUACGUAUUAAAGUAAAAUGCUAAGGUAGCUAUGAGUUUUUGAAGAAUAAUCAUGU